GAAAACCUGAGUGCAGUUGCCAUGGCGAUAGCCGGGUACCAAGAGGAGCAGCAGACAAUGUGGCGCCGUACAUGUGGGUCUCUGAUCCAAACAGUCCACGACCCCUACCUCCGUGCAAUGUUCUGUUUCCUCUCCAGUGAUAAGGAGAACUAUGAUGAAAUUCUGGGUGACCACAACUGUAUGCCGGUGGCUGACAGAAUAGCUUUUGCCUGUAUAUACCUCUCUGACCAAAAGUUAAAGGAAUACGUGGACAACUUGAGCAGUAUGAUGAAGGACGAGGGAUGUUUGGAUGGCUUACUUCUCACUGGGCUGACAUUGGAGGGCGUGGAACUACUACAGAAUUAUGUGGAUUGGACCGGCGAUAUCCAGACUGCCGCCCUCGCUGCCGUCUUCACAUUUCCUUGUGAGAUGUCACACAACGAAAAGGUCAUCACCUGGAUAGAAAGCUAUAGGGAACUUCUAGACCGGUGGAAACUCUGGCACCAAAGAGCAGAAUUUGACAUCAUACGUCACUCCAGUGAUAGUCACAGCUCAAUGCGACACAAUCGGCCCCAGGCGUAUGUUAGCUGUAACUUCUGUGGGAAGUCCAUAGCCUGUAACACGCAGGCUCCUUUCCGUCUCAUGUCACGCUCCAUGAUGUCCAUGUCUGCCAACAAACCAAAGAUAAGCUGUUGUCCAGGCUGUAGGAAGCCUCUCCCAAGGUGUGCAGUGUGUUUGACUAACUUAGGGACUCCCUCAGGAUCGACACUGUGUCAACAGAUAGAACAUAAAGAUUUGGAGAACAAGUUGACCCCAUUAGACGACUGGUUUACCUGGUGUCAAACUUGUCGCCAUGGCGUCCAUGCCUCACACAUCACCUCUUGGUUCAAGGAUCACCCACAAUGCCCUGUAACAGGAUGUGACUGUAAAUGUGCAACUUUAGAUCCUAUUGGACGACUGAAAGCUACUUCACCACUAGUGCCUGCUGGGAAGGCUUGA